CGGCAGACGGUCGGCGCCCAUUCGGCGUCGCAGCUCCGGGCUGACGGACUUCUUCCGUCCCGCUGUCAGUCAGAUAGGAAGUCCCUCCGGUCGGAUACACCGAAACGAGCGUGCACUCCCGGGGGAGGCUCUCCUUGGUUCCCCAGCGCCGCUUCCUCCUACGCUUCCUUUUCCCCUCCCGAAGAGAUGAGGCGGAGGGAGAAAAGGCUGCUGCAGUUCGCCGGGCUUCUCAUCGCGGCUUUCCUCUUCCUCCCCAACGUCGGCCUGUGGUCCUUGUACCGGGAUCGGGUGUUCGACAACCCGCCAGACGCGGCAGUGGCACCGGCAGCGGCGGACGGACCGCAGCUUCAGGGUGUUAACAAACUGCGGAAGGACAAUCCGGUGCGCAGAACCGCUCUACAGAGGAAAGACUGGCACGACUACCAAGCCAUCAAAAGGGAUGCCUCCAGAUCCGGUAACGGCGAGCAGGGGAGGCCCUUCCCCCUGACGGAGGCCGACCGGGUGGACCAGGCCUACAGGGAGAACGGCUUCAACAUUUACGUCAGUGACAGGAUCUCCCUCAAUCGCUCCAUCCCCGACAUUCGUCAUCCCAGUGACUGUAAACGGAAGCUGUACGGCGAGAAGCUGCCCAGCACCAGCGUCAUCAUCCCGUUCCACAACGAGGGCUGGUCGUCGCUGCUCCGGACGGUCCACAGCGUCCUCAACCGCUCGCCUCCGGAGCUCAUCGCCGAGGUCAUCCUGGUGGACGACUUUAGCAACAAAGUGCACCUGAAGGGGCCGCUGGAUGAGUACAUGGUCCGCCUGCCCAAAGUACGCAUCCUGAGGAGCGAGAAAAGGGAAGGUCUGAUCCGGACACGUCUGCUGGGCGCCGCCGCUUCCAAAGGCGAGGUCAUCACCUUCCUGGAUUCUCAUUGCGAGGCUAACGUCAACUGGUUGCCUCCGCUACUCGAUCGGAUCGCCCAGGACCGGAAGACCAUCGUGUGCCCGAUGAUCGACGUGAUCGACCACGACAACUUUGGCUACGAGAUGCAAGCGGGCGACGCCAUGCGCGGCGCCUUUGACUGGGAAAUGUACUACAAGCGCAUCCCCAUCCCCGCCCGCUUGCAGAAGGACGACCCCAGCGAGCCCUUUGAGUCUCCGGUCAUGGCAGGAGGCCUGUUCGCCAUUGAUAGAAAGUGGUUCUGGGAGCUGGGGGGCUACGACACGGGUCUGGAGAUCUGGGGAGGAGAGCAGUACGAGAUCUCCUUCAAGGUCUGGAUGUGCGGCGGUCGCAUGGAGGACAUCCCGUGCUCCAGGGUGGGACACAUCUACAGGAAGUACGUCCCCUAUAAGGUGCCCGGAGGGGUCAGCCUGGCCAGGAACCUGAAGCGCGUGGCCGAGGUGUGGAUGGACGAGUACGCCGACUACAUCUACCGGCGGCAGCCCGAGUACCGCCACCUGUCCGCCGGCGACAUGACGGCGCAGAAGGAGCUGAGGAGACGCCUGGGCUGCAAGAACUUCAAGUGGUUCAUGAGCGAGGUGGCCUGGGAUCUGCCCGAGCACUACCCGCCCGUGGAGCCUCCCGCCGCCGCCUGGGGCGAGAUACGAAACCAGGCUAGCGGCAUGUGUAUGGAGACCAAGCACUUUGUGUCGGGGAGCCCCAUCCGCCUGGAAAGCUGCGGAAAGGUCCGGGAGGAGUUCAGCUGGACCCACGGGCAGGUGUUCACGUUUGGUUGGCGCGAGGACAUCCGCGUGGGCGACCCCAUGCACACCAAGAAGGUGUGCUUUGACGCCGUCUCCCACAGCAGCCCUGUCACGCUGUACGACUGUCACGGCAUGAAAGGAAACCAGCUCUGGCGCUACCGCAAGGAUAAGAGCUUGUACCACCCGGUGAGCAACAGCUGCGUGGACAGCGACGUGGCCGAGCACCGUCUCUACAUGAACACGUGUAACCCGUCCUCGCCCAGCCAGCGUUGGCUCUUUGAGAAGACCAACGGCACUGUGCUGGAGCGCUUCAACCGUGGCGGCGCCGCCGCACAUUGAACACCGCCUAGCUGGUACCGUCCGCUGCUGCCGUUUACGCUCCGUCCUGGGGUGGGCCCCGAGUUUGGUUGAUGGGAUUUAGCGAUGCAUUCCUACUCCUGCCUAUCCCCCCCCCCCCCCCCCCCGCCUUAUUUUUCCUGCCUUUUUCUUCACCGCCGAGUUCCUUAUCUCGUCCUGACGAGGAGUGGGCGGCUUCGCCGAGCAGAAGCGUUUGUGAAUGCACCCCACCUUCAUCCUUCACCCACCCCCCUUGCCGUGGCUUUCCUAUUUUUAUUUUUUCAUUUCUUGACGCUCUCAUGUCCCUCGUCACAGGCGGAUGAGCGUGGGGUCGCCCCCGCCCCGCCCCGUCCCGCCCCGCUUGUCGUGUGAUUGGCAGGUGGGAUGGGGCGACACGGGCGGGAGAGGGAGGAAGGGCGACUUUAAUGCACUUGUGAUACACUUGAAUGAAAUCUUAGUGCCUUGCUGAACAUUUUAGAUGUGUGCGCUACGCACGCAUGUGUGUGCGCGUGUGUGGUCAGAGUGCGACAGUGAAAAUGAUUUGACCGAGGAACAGUGAAAGCACCGCCUCCCAGACUGAACCGAGUGUUGCGCGUCAGAAUGUUCCAAGUUUGGGAAGCUUAGUAUGUGGCCCUGUUGAAUCAGUUCCACAUGCCAGUGACUUUUGCAUUUUGCACAUUGCUCCACGGGUUCCCGCGUGCGUUCGCUGCCAGACGAUUUCCAAGCGGCGCUCGCUCUUGGCAGCUGUUUGAGAGCACUUAUCUUUCAAGACCCACAAAAUAUUAGCAGCAAACAACAAAAGAUAGAACGGAUGCUUUCCUUUUAACCUGGGAAAAAAAUAAAA